GUGUUGACAACAUUUUUUCUUUGAAUCCCCUCUCUAGUUUGCGUUGUCGAUCGGUUGAUGCUGCUUGUUUUGUUUCGCGGCAGUCUCUACGUUUAUAUGUUACAGAAAAAUGAACAACUACUGCAUUAUUCAGACGACCGAAAAUGAACACACUCUUUUAUCUGUACUACCUUCUCUAUGGAUUGUUAAAAACGGAUGGAAAUCCAAUGAAAAAAAGGAUUCACAUAAUACUGAUGGUGAUGAUUUGUGUUACUGGCCGCAAGGCGUUGCGGAUUAUCGCCUACUCGAGAAAACCAAGAAAAAUCCCAGUAUAAAACCGGAUACAAAGGUGCAGCGUGCUUUUAGGUGCAAAAUAAAAAUGACAAAAUUUGAAAGCUAUUUUGAGUCGCUCAGGGAAUUAAAGAUAAUGGAGGCGAAUUCGGAUACCGACGAAUAUGCAAACAUGAAGAGUCUGAGAAAAGUUUUAACAGCUACUGAACUUUUCAACCAGAUUCAGCAAACAAAGCCUGUACCAUCUCCGGAACUCAAAUCUUCGAACAAAUACGCAGAAUUCGCAGAGCCUCCAGAUUUUGCGCAACCUGACCAUAAGAUUGAUAUGCGAUACAAUAGUUCUUCGCUGUUGGAGUCGAAUAUGAGUGAAAAUGAUUUCUCUGGUCUGCCACAUACAUUAUUAUUGAAUCAGCCUCCAGUUAACGAUGAAUCUUCUAUGACGCCGGAUCUAUGCAAAGUACUGCAGGCAUUGCAUGUGGAAGUUGAGAGGAACUGUAAUAAAAUUGAAGAAUGUAAACUUGUUGGUAACAGAUCUAUUGCACUUCUUUCUCAAGUCAAUGCGAAACUAGAUUUGCUUGCAAACCAAGUCAAUAUGAAACUUGACACCUGUGUUUCACAUAAGUUACUGCGAACCGAACAGAAUGGAACUGAAUCAAUCAGUGCUCCCUUGAGCCCGGUUAAAAGUGAAGAAUUUAAAUCUUUGGAAAAGAAAACUGAUAACAAGCAGUUUGUUGAAGCUGUUAUCAAAUAUCUUGGUUCCAUGCAUGGCAAGAGCCAGUAUGUUGGGGAAGGCGGGACUGUUUGCCUGCAAAACGUGGACUAUUUUUUCGACCGAGAGUUUUUAAUGAAUUGCUCAUGGACUGGAACGAGCAGAAAUAAAAAUAGCGAAGAAAACAUUCAAUCGAAAAUACCUUUUCAUAAGUUUGACGGCGUCAUUAAUUCAUUCCACAAGGUGGUCAUGUUCUCCGAUCCAUCAUAUUCGCUUGUUCAGACCCAGAAUUUUCUUAAACGUUGUUUGAGAAAUGCCAAACAGUGUUUCUCAGAAAUAAAAGGAAUAAGAGCUUCCGUUGCAAAAUAGAGGCGUAGGAGAGUUACGAAACAAUCUAUUCUAAGUGAUGAAGAGGAAAGGCAGUAUGAAGAAGAACCAUUUGUGGAAUACGAAGAACUUGUGAAAGAUGAAGAAGAGGUGAAUCAGGAUGAGGUAGAAGAACUGCUAGCUGAAAACAAUCUACAGGGAAGAAUAGAUAUUAUUCAAAAUAAUAUUUCGGUUGAAGAAUAAUUGGUAGAAGAAUUUUGAUGUAAGAGUAGAAGACUACAAAACUGUUAUUGUUUUUUUUAUUAAUCAUUAUUUUAUCAUUAAUCCAAAAAAAUUAAUUUAUUAACAAUGCAUAAUCUAUCUCAAAACAUUUCAUUUGAUGGUAAGGUAUGCAGCAACGGUAUAAAUGCUGUCUCUUCAUACACUGUAAUUGCUACCAACUUGCAAAAAAUCUUAUCUAAUGUAUAAUGUUUUAAUUCGCCAAAUUUAUAUUCAUUUGUCCCUACGAAGACAUUAAUACACGAGGAAACUAAAGGGUAAUCGAAUAAAUUUGUGAACUCAGCAAUUUCGGAUCCGUAAAUGCCGUCUGAAUCUGCGUAUUUCAUAGCCGCAAUUUUAGUAUCAUUCGUGAGAAACCAUUUAUCAGAAAAUUGUUGGGUUAAGGUAAAUUCCCGUGAUAUAACAAUGCAGGAGAACUUAGUCGCAUCAGUUUUAAGUCGGUGUUUCAAAGAUAGAAAAAUGACAUUGAUCUUGCUGACAACAGGUGUAGACUGAUAUUUUUCUGUAAUACGAUUGAUGAUUUGCUGCAAUGGUCUACCCGAUCUUACUAGUUUCUUGAUUUGGGAUAAAUGGUUUUCAAAGGGAUAUGAGGAAAUAGUUGACAGUGGGCCAAAUUGAGUUACUUCGUCCACUACAUGAACAAGGUUAUGAACGCUACUAGCAAAAGAUUUAAAUAAACCAUAAAACAUACUAAUAAAUUCUUCGAACAGUUUUUUAACAAAAGGGAAAUAUCGCGCGUAAUAACUGCUAGAGCAAAUUGUUACGGCACAAAAAAAUGGCAAAAUUUUGAAAAUGUUCCUUACUGAUGAAAUGUUUUAGUAACACAAUCCCAAUGUAAUGCAAGAAAGAAGCACACUCUGAAGCUUUCCAAUGGUUUAUGCAAUCAACCCCACGUACUUGACGAUGGAUUUCCGAAGGAAGUUUAAUUGAUUUCAAACUUGUACAAAUUUUUUCUAUGACACUAUUUGGCCAUCUACUUUCAUCGCAUCCAUUAUGACCGUCUUUGUAUGCUAGAAUCAAUCUCUUCGUAAUUCUCAAAAGAAGAAGGUGCAAUGAAUCGGCCACGAUAACAUCCUCAAUUAUGUCAAUUGGUAAUUCAAGUAGCGGCGAAACAAUACGUGUUUUGCUCAAUUUACCAUUUUCACGUGUUUUGUAAAAGUUGUAGUGCCCAUCAUACUGCCCAGUACGGAAUGCAGCAUCAGUUCUUCUGGUUGCUAACGUUUGAGGGAAAAUAUUAGUCCUCAGAAGAGCGGAAUGUUGUCCAAUAGUGCAACAUUUUAAGCAAUCGUGCAGAGAAUUAAAAUUAACCCACCUGGAAAAAAUAACCGCUCAUGAAUCAACACAAGUAAUUGUUCAUUACCUGUAACGAAAGCUCAGGCGGGAGAAUCACAUAUGAAAGCCCGAAGGUGAACCGUCAUCUUGAAUCCAUUUAUUUGAAGUCCCGUUGUCAUUACAUGUUUCAAUUCCGUAACGAAUGGAGCGAGAAAUUCUUCGACUUUCUUUGGUUUACUUUUUCCAUAGAAAAUGCCAAUUAUCAUUGGCCUCAUUGAAGUAUUCUCGUGUAUGUUAAACAAAAUUGGCCAUACCUGGCUGGUUCCGUUCUUAUACAACGUUAAGCCAUCGAUGUUGAUAUUAAUGGAUAUUUUUAGUGAUUCAGCUAAUUCUGGAAAAGCCAUGCGAAGACAAUUUUCUAUAAAACCAAAUAAAAGAUAGUUGAAUAGUUUAA